GCUGACAGGUGGGAGACCGGACGUGACGUAGCAGGAAGCAGGAAACUGUCCUGGAAGGCGACUGUAGUGAUGGCGGUGGUCUUGUGUCACCAUGGAGUCGCUCUCCUUUUCCUCCCUUUGCUUAUAUUGCACCCUAGAAGCACUGCUGACAUGACAGACGGGAAUAGUGAGCACUUAAAGAGGGAGCACUCUCUUAUCAAGCCAUACCAAGGUGUAGGUUCCAGUUCAAUGCCAUUAUGGGAUUUCAGUGGAAGUACAAUGCUGACUAGUCAGUAUGUGCGCUUGACGCCAGAUGAGAGAAGCAAGGAGGGUUCAAUCUGGAACAGAAUACCUUGCUUCUUGAAGGAUUGGGAACUUCAUGUGCAAUUUCAUGUCCAUGGGUCCGGAAAGAAAAAUCUCAAUGGAGAUGGCUUUGCUUUAUGGUAUGCAAGGGAUCGGCUACAACCAGGUCCUGUCUUUGGAAACAGAGACAAGUUCCAUGGUUUGGCUAUAUUCGUGGACACAUACCCCAAUGAUGAAACAACAGAGCGUGUCUUUCCUUAUAUCUCUGUAAUGGUGAACAAUGGAACUGUAGAGUAUGACCACAGCAAAGAUGGGCGUUCCGCAGAAUUGGCAGGCUGUACAGUUGAUAUCCGCAAUAGGAAUCACGACACGUUCCUAGCUGUGCGCUAUUCCAGGGGCCGUCUUACGGUGAUGACUGAUAUUGAAGAUAAGAAUGAAUGGAAGAACUGUGUUGAUAUAUCUGGAGUCCGGUUGCCCACAGGAUACUUUUUUGGAGCAUCUGCAGCUACUGGAGACUUAUCAGAUAAUCAUGAUAUCAUCUCUAUGAAGCUUUAUCAGCUAAUGGUUGAACAUUCACCAGAUGAUGAGAAUAUUGACUGGACUAAGAUAGAGCCCAGUGUGAGUCUGCUGAAAUCUCCCAAAGAUAAUGUUGAUGACCCAACAGGGAACUUCCGCAGUGGCCCCCUGACUGGCUGGAAAGUGUUCCUGUUGCUUUUAGCCGCACUGUUGGGUAUUAUAGUCUGUGCUGUUGUGGGAGCAGUUGUGUUUCAAAAACGUCAAGAAAGAAACAAGCGCUUCUAUUAGCUGGAUGUUGCAGAGAACAUUAUGAAUGCCCAAAUGUGAACUUUGUUGUGUUUUUUUUUUUUUUUAAAUUACAGAUUGUACAAAAUUAUUACUUUUGUAGGUUAAAAAAAAAACCCAUAUAAUUUGUGAUAUUUUCAUACUUUAGUUCACGGUAGGUGGGAUUUAAAUCUUAAUUUAGUUCUGUAAUUUUUUUUUUACUUUUUUUUUUUUUUUUUUUUUUUUUUCUCAGUUUUUCUUUUAAAAUUUUGGGCAAAUGAAACAACAUAACUUUUGACGGCUUUGCAUAGAGAUUUUGGGAAGCUAUGCCUAUGACUCUUACUCUCAGAUUAUAUUGCAAAGCAUUCUACUUUACUGACUGUCAUCUGAUACAGCCUUUUAGCAGCAAGAUCCUGUGGAUUAGUACAGCUGCUCCGCACAGAUGAAUGUCAAUCACAAGAGGCCACAGGUAUCAUGGUCUCAAAGAACUAAACAUGGGAUUUAAUUAAAAUGCGUGGGUCUUUCCUCUA